GCUUGCAGGUUGCGAUUAACAAUUUUAAAGACUCACGAAAUCAGCAAUUUUUUCUGGGUCCUGAGUUCAAUUUUUCUGGGUUCAUGGUUGAAUUUUUUCUGGAUUCUGACGAGAGGAGCAGAGAGAACGGGAUCUGCUCUUUAACUUUUGGGGUGGGAGGGUGGAUUUCAGCAGAUCUGGUAUUUGGGAAAAUGAAAUCAAUGGCUGAAUUGAUGGUGGUCAAGACCUAUGGGCAUGGGUUUUUGUUGCCUGAGAUUAUGGUGGAUCUUGGACGACGGGGUUGCGGCCGUCAGAGGCGGCAGGUCGUGGUGGUUGUGGAGGUUGAGUAUGUGCUUGUCGUGAUGGGCUUCCAGAGAAGGGAGGAGAGGGAAAGGGAUGAGGGCAUUAGUGUCAAAGGGAAAAAAUAACUAAAAUAAAUUACACGUAUCACUAGGUUACCAAUAAGGCAUCUUUAUAGCAUAUUCUAUUUCUGUGGCUAAUAAUGCCUCGUGCACCGGUGCAAGACCUAGGCAUAUUGCACCUUAGUCAACACCGUAUGAAUUAUAUGUCUAUUAUCUUUUCACAAUUUGUCAAAGUUAUUUUAUGUGGCUGAGACUUAUUUCACUGCCGUGGGAGAGGCGGAUUCUUAUUAAGUUAUCUAAUUCUAAUAUGCUUGAUGUUUCAAAAACAGUUCAAAGGAAAAAGAAAGAGGGAUGUCAAAGAAGGUUGAAGAUGCUGCAAAUGAAGAUGGCAGGAAGCCUAGCAUAUGGGAUACCUUCGUACAUGACAAUGCAAGGAUAAGCAGGGGAGACGAUGACAUUGGAUGCAAUCAAUAUCACAAAUAUAAGGAAGAUGUCCAGCUCAUGGUGAAAACAAGCUUAGAUGCCUACAGAUUUUUCAUAUCUUGGUCAAGGCUUAUUCCAGAUGGGAAAGGACCAAUUAAUCCCAAGGGGUUGCAGUAUUACAACAACCUCAUCAAUGAACUAACAAGCAAAGGAAUUCAACCACAUGUUACAUUGCAUCAUUGGGACCUACCACAAGCACUUGAAGAUGAAUAUGAAGGAUGGGUUAGCCGAAGAGUAGUAAAAGACUUCACAGCAUAUGCUGAUGUGUGCUUCAGAGAGUUUGGCGAUAGAGUUAAAUAUUGGACCACAAUAAACGAGGGAAAUGCGCUCGCAAUUGGGGGUUAUAGUGCAGGAUUUGUACCACCUCAACACUGUUCUCCUUCCUCUACAUAUAACUGCUCCAGGGGAAAUUCCUCAACUGAGCCGUAUUUGGUAGCCCAUCAUGUUUUGUUAGCACAUGCAUCAGCUGCUAGACUGUACCGGAAGAAGUAUCUGGACACACAACAUGGAUUUAUUGGGUUUAAUCUUCUUACCUAUGGUUUUGUUCCUCUAACAAAUACUAGUGAAGAUAUAAAUGCCACUCAAAGGGCCAAAGACUUCUAUACGGGGUGGUUUUUGAACCCCUUUAUUUUUGGACAAUAUCCUGACAGCAUGAAAGAGAAUGUUGGCUCAAGACUUCCUGUCUUCACCAAAAGGGAAUCAAGUUUAGUCAAGGGCUCAAUGGACUUCCUAGGAAUAAAUAUCUACUUCACAUAUCUAGUUAAGAACAACCCAGACAGCCUGCACUCAGAGGAUAAAAGUUUCACAGCAGAUAUUGCCGCAGAGCUUCAAUACGUUCAUGAAAAUGGUACGUCUACAUAUGAGAUUCCAAUUACCCCCUGGUCUUUGAAUGGGUUACUUAAGUCACUGAAGAAAGAAUAUGGCAAUUUUCCAGUUUACAUUCGCGAGAAUGGUGUGCUUGACUGAGAUCAAUGUUGUGUCAGCAAACACAACGGAGGAAUUCAUCAUUAGAUGAUUUGACAAGGGUGAAGUUCUUGCGUGAAUACCUAGGGAGCCUGGUCGAUGUACUUUCAUUUUCAAGAAGGGACUUCACAGUAGGUGUAUCAUAUCAUAAGGUUACAUGAUCUUCAAUAUCAUCUAUAUUCUAUAUACUUUAGAAAAGAGGAAGGUUAUGAGCCUCACCUCGAUGAUUUGACACUCCAAGAAUGACUCUCACCCACCCCCCUUCUUUGCCUGACAAGUGUCACCUUCUUAUUGCUUUGGACCAAAAUAGUCAAAGCCCAUUUUGAUUUCAAGUUUUUUAUGGAGGCUCAUUAUUCAAAUCCAUUUGAAUGAUGAUUUUGUUUUUA